GGGGUGUUGCUCACACUGAAACAGGCGGAAGCUUGUACUGCAUAUUUUUCUCUGAAAUUUAAAAUUCUAAAUAUAUAACACGAUCUGUUGAGCGGCAGGCAUGUAAUAAACGAACCGCAGACCUGGCCCAGUCUCCCCGUAUUCGUGCUGCAUACGGUAGGUGCCUGUUGCCUGCUAUCCGUUAUCCGCUUUUUGGACUAUAGACCAUAGAAUAUCAUCCGAAGAGGCGUAAUUAAAUAUCGGCUGCGAUCAUGGAUCCAGAGGCAUUUUUAGACGUGGCCAAUCAGGUCAUCAAACUGAAAAUGUUUCCGUUUUUUGACAUUGCUCACAGUCUCCUUGCCGCGCUGGCCGUGCGCGAGGACUUGGGCGCGAACGCACAGGCAUUCUCACGGAAGCACCCGCUGGCCUGCUGGCUAUCAACAAUGCUGGUGAUCUUCGCCGGCGGCAUGGUGGCCAACGGUUUGCUGGGAGAGCCAAUUUUGGCUCCCCUGAAGAACACUGGGCAGUUGCUUGUGGGCACGGCUGUGUGGUACGUUGUGUUCUACACACCGUUUGAUGUUGGAUAUAAGGUGGCAAAGUUCCUGCCCGUCAAGAUAGUCGCCAGUGCCAUGAAAGAGAUAUACCGAGCAAAAAAGGUUUACGACGGCGUAGGCCACGCGGCUAAACUUUAUCCCAACGCCUGGAUAAUUAUGAUAAUUAUCGGCACAUUGAAGGGCAAUGGAGCAGGCUUCACCAAGUUGAUUGAGCGCCUAAUCCGCGGAGCGUGGACACCAACUGCCAUGGAGUUCAUGCAACCGAGCUUUUAUACUAAGGCGUCAUUGUUGGCCUCAAUUAUCUUCGUUCUGGAUAAGAAGACCGACUGGAUUUCGGCACCACAUGCCUUGGUUUACUUUGGUAUUGUAAUAUUUCUGGUUUACUUCAAGCUUUCGUCAAUCUUGCUGGGCAUCCACGAUCCCUUUUUACCACUCGAAAAUCUGUGUUGCGCCAUCUUCUUUGGCGGCAUCUGGGACAGCCUGGCCAAGAUCCUCGGACGCGGCCAAGCAAAGGACAGCGACACCAAAGAUGUUAAGAAGAGCAAUUAAACUAUUCUUAAUUAGUCAGAAAAGUACUUAAUGCUUCCAUCCAAAGCUAACGCAAGCACAUAACAUAACACAUGUACAAGAAACGUUCUUCCCACACGCCAACCAAAGACAUUUUGUGGAGCGUGCACAUCAUUCUUGAGGACUAGCAGUGGGGUGUGUCUGCUAGUCAUUGAUUUUGAUUUCGCACGGGACCAUGGCCCCUAUCAGUUUAUACAAUUUUUAUUUUAUAUUUAAUAGCAGUAAUUAACGACAGGAACCAGAGACUUUUUAAAUGCCAUACAUAAUACUCGGCUAUGGGGCACUUUUCUUUAAAAAAAAUCAAUCGAUAUUAUACCGAUUUUGUAUGGCAUGCGCGACUUGCUCUCCGAAUGGAAUGUGUAAAUAUUGGAACUGAAAAGGAAAUAUCAGAGAAGUUAUGAAUUAAGAGUAUAAAUUACUGGAAUAUAUAUCACGUUUAUAAUAUGGCACAUGAGCAGAGUGCGGCCUAGAACUCGCAUUCAAGCUUAAAUAGACGCUUUUUUAAAGAGGUAUGAAUAUUAAUUGGUUGCAAUAAAAUUUUGUAUUCUUUAAAUUGGA